AUGGACUUGUUGUGGUUGGAAACAGUGGAGGAAUUCAUCGGAAAGCAAGCGGUGAUGGAAACAUUCGUCGACAUUUUACUCUGCGUCGUUCCGAUUUGGCUGGCGGUCAUGAUCGGAUUACUAAUUGGGUGGACUUGGAAGCCGAGGUGGACCGGGCUUGUGUUUUUGGGCCUCCGGUCAAAGCUCCGGCUUGUUUGGACCUUUCCUCCGGGAUUUGGAGCUCGCCGCUUGUGGCUGGCGUUUACCGCUCUCUCUGCGUUCUCUGUUGGACAUAGGUUCUUCUUUGGUUCUCGUGGAUGGUACCGUUUUAAGAACUCUUCUCGUGGCCCAACUCCGGCGGCUGGAAAUGGCGGGGAAACUCCUCCGGUGACGACUCAUUCUGUUGGCUCGGAGGAUGGCAGAUAUGUUAUCAGGCCGACUUCAGGAGCUUUGGAGGCAGAAAAGAACGUUGUCACAGAGAAUGAUCUGGAGCACUUGCUGCAUCUUCUCGAUGGUAAAGAUGGAGAGAUGGCUUGGCAAAGUAUGAUGGAGCGGUCCACCGCAAACUUACAAUAUCAAGCUUGGCGCCAUGAACCUGAGAAUGCACCCACUAUAUAUCGAAGCAAAACUGUCUUUGAAGAUGCAACUGCCGAUGUUGUCAGAGAUUUCUUCUGGGAUGAUGAAUUUCGCCCAAAGUGGGAUCCAAUGCUUGCAUACUUCAAAAUCUUAGAGGAAUCCCCUCAUAAUGGGACUAUGAUAAUCCAUUGGAUAAAAAAGUUUCCUUUUUUCUGCAGUGAUAGGGAAUAUAUCAUUGGUAGAAGGAUCUGGGAAGCUGGGAGAAGUUAUUACUGUGUGACUAAAGGGGUGCCAUAUCCAGCUUUGCCUAGACGUGACAAACCUAGGCGUGUGGAUCAUUACUUCUCCAGCUGGAUGAUUAGGCCUGUGCAAUCACUGAAAGGGGAUGGCCAGAUGUCUGCAUGUGAGGUGACGCUUAUUCACUAUGAAGAUAUGGGAAUCCCCAAGGACGUGGCAAAACUGGGUGUUCGCCAUGGGAUGUGGGGAACUGUGAAGAAGCUGCAUGUUGGAUUUAGAGCAUAUCAGAAUAUGAGGAAAACAGAUGCGUCCCUCUCUCGAUGUGCACUGAUGGCCAGAAUCACGACAAAGAUAGCAUCUGAUGAAGGCACUGACCCCUUGGAACCAGAACGUAACGAAGAAGAGAAAACUGAGAAUGUGAAUAUCGCAGUACAGAAAGGACAAGGUGGAAUUGAUUGGAGGUGGGUGGCUGUGGGAGGCGCCGCAGUUGCUGUUGGACUUCAUACAGGACUGAUCGGGAAAGCACUUUUAGUUGCAGCAGGCCAAAGAGCUGCAAAGAGGAGGGGGGCUGCCAUUCUCAUUGGUUCCAUGAGAGAGAAUCCCACAAAGUCCCCUUUUGCUCAAGGUGGUUGUAAAAUCAAAAAAGCCCUCGCAGAUGGGAUUUGUUCAAUUCAUUGA